AUGCCAUUGACCUAUUACAUCGACCACAUUUCACCUAUUUCGAUUGUCUAUUUCAAUGCUUUUUUAGUACUUUUCACUACCAUCAAAUCUGUAAGCGUUCCAACACUAGUGAACUUGGAUUCGGAAUCAAAUUCUACGACACUGCAAAAUUAUAAUGCCUCAAUCGAUGCAUUCUUGUCUCUCGUUACUAUCAUUCCACCAAUAUUCAUUUUAUUGACACUAAACAAAAAAUCUAUCGAAUAUACACUGUUUCUGAUAUUUGACGAUUUCCUCGUAUUUG